UUUGAUAUAAUUUUUAGAUUGAAUUUAUAUAUUAUUUUUUAUUUUAAUAUAAUGAGGACUAAUUAUAAAAUUUAUAAAAAUAGCAUAUAAUUUUAUUUAUUUUUUAGUGAAAUUUUAAAUAACAUUAAUUUAUAAUAAUAUUAUAUUACUAAUUGCAAAUUAAUUGAUGCAUUUUUAAUAAUUUUUUUGUAUAUUUAAUUGAUUAAUGUAAAUAAUAUUAAAUAAUUAAUUAAAUGAUUUUAUUAUGAUGUAUUAACAGUAGAUACAAAUAUUGACUAUAUUUUAGUAAAAUAGAUUAUACAUUACUCUAGGUGACUCAAAGUUAAAAAAAAAAAGGAAAAAAGAAAGCAAAUUUGAUUAGAAAAAGGAAUAAAGAAAGCAAAUACAGUCCAAAACAGUUAUUAGAAUAACCAACUCAGCUUAAUGAAAAUUCAACACAAACAUGAUUAGAAAAGGAUUAGAAAGAUCUUUAAGCUUUGUUUUUUUUUCGAAAAAGGAAAAAACAAAACAUACAAUAUAACAAACAGGAUUAAAAUAUCAAAAUUCAUAUUAAAGUAAAAUCCUUAAGCGGCAAGGAUUAGGUUCCGCAAAGCUUAUAUAAAGAGAGUUACGGUCUUGUUUUAUCUUACUCACAUACUCAGCAUCAACGUCAUUGGUCUUCCUAAAGUUUUCUUUUUGGAUUAUCUUUCUUAUUUCCUAUCCGUCUUCUAUUGAUAAUGGCAACAACAGCAAGAGUCUUAUGCUUCGUGCUUGUGAUGGUUCUAAUGGGAUGUUGUUGCUCGGCAAAAAUUUACCAAGUCGGAGACUCGGAGGGAUGGAGAGCGAAGGGCGGCACCUAUUACACUUGGGCUAGGCGUAAGGAAUUCCAGGUGGGGGAUUCUCUGCUCUUUGAAUACGAUGGUAACGUCAACGACGUCACUCGAGUUUCCAGUGCUUUCGAAUACCAAUUCUGCAACUCUGCUUCUCCUCAAGCUGUCUACAAAACGGGCCACGAUCUCGUGACUCUCACGGAACCAGGUUAUCACUUCUUCAUCAGCUCAAAUCAUUCUCAAUGCGUAGCCGGACAGAAGCUCGUCGUUUUUGUCGUCCAAUACCAUCAGAUUCCUCCACCACCACCGAGAAAGAUCCUUCCGUUUGCAAAAGAUUUCAAGGUCGGUGACUCCCAAGAAUGGAGGGUUCCUGACGAAAGUGACUUCUAUGCCAAGUGGAGUGAGCAGAAACAGUUUCACGUGGGAGACAAUCUUCUUUUCUACUACAACUACGAAGUCGACGACGUCUUAGAAGUCAGCGGUGAUCUUGAGUUCAAAUCUUGCGACACUUCCUCUCCUGUUGCCGUGCACAAUUCGGGACAAGACCUCGUAAGGAUAACAAAACCAGGAAUCCACUAUUUCAUAACCUCGAAGACUGGUCAUUGUGAGGAUGGGCUUAAGCUUCGAGUGUUGGUGCGACCACUAUCCAGAGGUGUUCCCAACAAGAUGCCGUUGUCACCUUUGGACCGCCUCAUCAAGUGGCUGCAGUCCUUCAGACCCCAACCCCAUCAUUAAGAAGAACUCGUUUCCCUUUUUUUUUAGAUUACCUUAAUUAUAAGGGUUUUUUUUCUUUAUCGUUUUAGUUCUUAAGUUUAUUUCCCUAUAAUGCGUGUGUGUUUUAUUUAUUUCAAUCGUUUUGGAGACACUUGAUUCGAGCAUAUUGAAUAAAGUUAUUUUUUCUUAAUUCUAACUCUACAUCACAAAACAAGAAGACCUGGAUAUUACAAACAUGAACAUAAUAAGACCCACCCAAAUACCCAAUAGCUCCACCUCCACGAAAUCAAAGAAAUUCACCAAAUGAAAGACAAGUAAACCCGAUACCCUAAUCAAUUC